AUGGCGUACACUGGCCUUGAGGUCAUGGAGAAUUAUGACAAUGAAGUUGGAGGCACGAACACUAUGGCGACGAGAAGGAUGCCCCGAAGCGACAUUUAUACAGUAAUGGAUAUAGGCCGAGGGAGUGGCGGGAAGGGAGAGGACGGGCGGGGAAGCGCGGCGGGGAUGCGGAAGAAUGCGGAAGGGGGCAACACUAUUAAUGGUACUGUUGCCUAUCAAAUAGCAACAGUGGAAACAAUCGGAAUGAAAAUAAUACCGCCCACGCCAUGGCAAGAAACCCUCGCCGAGACGGGUAGUGUGGCUCUGAUAAUGGCUGCGUGUGGGCGUGCGGUGGCGCUGGUGCUGCUGGCGGCGGGCGCGUCGGCUGCCCGAGGGAGAGACACGCCGACGGAGCCGCUCCUGGCUGCGCUGAUAAGACUGCAGGCAGCUCUCGACGACAUCCCCAGCUGCGAAUUCAAGACGAAGGAUCUCUGGACGGACAUCGAGAAGCGCCAGCAGAGGCUAGAGAAGCUGCAGGAAGGAAUUUUCCAGAAGAUGAAUGACAUCGCCCGCAUCGAAAUGGAGUAUCCCUCGGCCACAGAGUGCCAGGAUCCCUUCCAGUGGGUGUCUGGCGGCUGCUACUACCACUCGGGCAAGGAGAGGGCCACGUGGGGGGAGGCACGCUUUGCCUGUGGGCGGAUGGGCGCCGACCUCGCCCACCCCGGAGAUAACUGGUCCUUGAAAGACUACACGAGACAAAUCUCCUCGUCAGGCUACGGCUACUACUUCAUCGGCGGGCGCGCGGACAACAGCUCCGGCUUCCGCGACUGGUACUGGGUGGACGGGCGGCCGGUGUCCAUCGAGCACCGCAUGUACUCGCAGCCCCCGGGCCUCGGCGAGUGCCUGGUCAUCGACGGGGCUGGCACUCACAGCAUGAAGGCCAAGAGCUGCGACGCGUACAAGCGAUGGUACAUUUGCGAGUUGAAAGUGAGGUCGUGAGGGGAAACGCACGCAGUUGGGAGUAAAGUGGUGCAUGUUUUUGAGGAGCUUUUCGUUUUGAGAUGAUGCUAUCUCGUGUAGAUUAUAUGGCGUGUUCUAUAAUGUUUAAGCGCUUAUGAACAAGCUGAACAAGUGUCUGAAAGAAACCUUAAUUUCCAUUAAGGACAAGAAUUUAUAUGCUUGAGAAACUCUAUUAAUUUCAUAAUAAAAUAA